AAUUAUUCAGUAUGUAAAAGAAGACUUUGCCUAAAUAAGUGCUAUCUGGACAAGUUUGCGAGACUCCUAGUAUGAUUCUGUUCAAAGAUUUUGGACUAGGAAAUGGCACGUCCAUGGUUAUUUCAUGUGUAAGAUAAACUAUCUUCACGGUGGAUGUAGUGUAGCCAAAGAGUUGAAUCUUAGAUCACAAAUACUAAAUAUAGGUAAUAUUUUCUUAUACAUGAGUUAUUGCGCUUUUGUUUAUCAUAUCAUUUUUCCUGUUCACAUCCAUUUGUUUUAAAAGUUAUCGUCCUUUUUUUCAACUCCUGCGGUAACGAAUUGCACUCAAGGGUCAAGCACAAAAGAGAUCGGCGAUAAGGAGUUGUAUGGUCUACCUGCAUACAAAUUGCGUGACGAGCUUACCACAAGACUCGAUGUCACCACAAAAAUAACAAGCCUCAAUGAGGAGAAUGAAAGAAUGUUGAAGGAGAUUUUCAUACGAGUGCGUAUCACUCAGACUUCAAAUGAUUUUUACAAAGAGCUAAUAAACCUUAAAGACUUGAACGCAGUAAACAUAAGUUUAGCACAGGCAUUACAAGACAUCCUGUUAUAUGGUUUUGGAGAAUGUUAUGAGUUCUUUAUAAUAUGCUUGCAGUUGUUUGCAUCUUUUGUCUCCUUGUGUUCCCCUUGCCUUUAGCAUGUUAUAUGAUCUUUAGAAAAUAUUAUGAAUUCUUUAUAGUGUGCUUUUUGAUUUUUUAUGUUAUGUUAUAUAGUUUUUAUAUUGCUCAAAGGGUCUUUUGGCAAUGAUCUCUCUACUUUAUAGUAGGAUUAAAGUCUGCAUUUUGAACUAGUAUAGCAAAUUAUGGAAAGAGUUUUAGGGUUAGGUUGACAUGUGAAGCAACAUAGCAGCACUAAGGAUCUGGUGCGGAGAUACGAGAGGCUUAUAGUAAUGGUGGUGGUGGAGGAAGGGUCGGGCUAGAAGGAACUGAAGAAGUGAUUAGGCCGUUGUUAAGUCGUCGACUCGUCGUCCAGUCCUUUUGGUAAGCCUAGUCCUUUUGGUAAGCCUGAGACGGAGGUUCCAGGUACAUCUCAAGCGGAAAAAUUACCAAUAUCACACCAUGAAAAUGUCUACGAAGGUGCACCAAAUAAAGAGAAAGACGGAAAACAGAGGACACACAAUUAUCCAAAUAGUAAUGACAAUAUGUAAUGUUUAUUUAUAGAAAAGUAUUACUUUACUCAUAAAUUGGGGUGGGGGAG